AUGGAACGCAUCGCAGCAGGGACACGUUCAAAUGGUACUGCCAUCGUGUUUAGCACCGCACUCGUACUGCGUCUAGCCCUCUUUCAAUUCCCAACUCUACCAAGCAUUCUCGCAGAACGUGUCGAGAUAUCAACCCCGAUCACCAGCUUCAAAAGACUCUCCGAGGGCGUUUUUCUCUAUCACAAUGGCGUGCCCCCAUUUGAUGGUGGGGUAUUUCAUCAGGCACCGUUGUUGCUAGGACUAUUCUACCCUAUUAUGUCAAGUCCGCUUCUGGUCAACACCCUCUACAUUCUCGGCGAUCUGGCUGUCGCAUAUAUGUUGCUCCAAAUUACAGCAAUAAAGGAGCAAGACUCUCUCAACGAGAAAAAGAUUCAGCAAUACGGGAACAAGAUCGAGGAGCCAGGAAUGGAUGGUCUCACGGUGGCAGCGCUCUAUUUGUUCAACCCGUUCACCAUCGCCAGCUGUAUCGGCAGGAGUACAAUCUUGUAUUCGAACGUGGCUGUUGUUUCUGGCAUAUGGAUGGGAAUGAAACGCAACAAGAUUCUCGCCAUGUUCAGUGUCGCGCUGGCAGCAUAUCUCUCGCUCUAUCCUGCCAUGCUCAUCAUCCCAGUCAUACUUUUAUUGAAUCGCGGAGUGGUUGAUCGGGAUCUGAGAAAACGGACUGUGAUCCAAUCCGCAACGGUUUUCGCAGUAUCCUUGGCGUCACUCUUCGUACUCUCCUUUGUGCUUGUGAACUCGUGGGACUUUUUCGCUAGUGUAUACGGCACCAUCUUGUCGGUCAGCGAUUUAACACCGAAUCUGGGGCUGUUUUGGUACUUCUUCAUCGAGAUGUUUGACCAGUUCAGGCCAUUCUUCCUGGUCGUGUUCCAAAUCCAUGUCUUUAUCUUUGCCGUCCCUAUCUCCAUCAAGCUACGACAUCAUCCUCUUUUCGCGUCCUUCCUACUGUGUACGAUCAUGGGAACAUUCAAGGGCUAUCCCUCUGUCGGAGACGCUUCGCUUUAUCUCGGCUUGCUACCUCUGUGUUCUGAAAUUUUCAAAUACAUGCGAUACAUGUUCCUUAUCGUCAAUCUAUUCCUUUAUUCAUCACUCCUGGCACCCAUUUUUUGGUAUCUUUGGGUCUAUGUUGGCAGCGGAAACGCCAAUUUUUUCUAUGCGAUCGGACUGGUCUACGGUAUUGGUGAAAUCAUCCUCAUGAUCGAUACGACGUUCGCGGUAUCACGGCGCGCCUUUGAGGCCCUGUUGCCGCCAGAAACAUCUGGUGAAGCAGCCUUUAGCGGCUGGGAUCGCGAUGUGGUCCAAAAAUAA